AUGAAGACUGUCCUGGUCCUCUCCAUACUUUUCUGUGCUUCAUUUGCAGCUCCGGCUGAAGACAAAGGGAAGGCUCCAGAAGUAUUUGCACCAGAAGAUUCUGUCCCUGCUCCCAGAAAUGCUCGUUUUAACUUGUGUCCAAAUGGCUGGUACAGCCAUGAAUCUCGCUGCUUCCUGUACAGCCAGACCGCCAUGACAUGGCACAGAGCUGAGGAGUACUGCAACAGCCUGGGUGCCAACCUGGCCUCGGUUACCAACCCUAGAGAGUACAUCUUCCUCCAGCAGAUAACACAGAAUGCCCGUCAGAGCAGCGUAUGGCUGGGAGGCUUCCAGCUGCAGGGCCAGUGGAUGUGGAUUGACCGUGAGGGUUUCUAUUACACCAACUGGUAUGGCCAGUCCAGCUCCAGCAGCCACCCCUGUGUCUUCUUACGCAGCAGCAAUGGUUGGGGUAACACCGCAUGUGGCACUUCUUAUAACUUUUUCUGCUCCAAAAGCCCUUUGAGAUGUUAA